UAGUUCCUAUUUUUAGAAUAAUUUCAACGAGAGGAAGCUGGUUGGACCUAGGUCAACCUCCUCCUUCAGUGCGGAAUAUUUUCGGUAAUCCUUAUUGUUUAUCAUAUUUGCAUUCUACGGAGCCACCGAGGUAACCUAAGUUCCAUAUAUUCUCCUCAUCAAUUUUCCUAUCAUCUUUUCUCCACCCAUUUCUCCGGUUGUACUCAUCAACGUCGACGGUGAUUUGUCCGUGUGGACAAGAGUGGGAUAGCUCACGAUGUAGGAUCAAGGACUCUUCCGCAACAAUGUUACUUGCGACCCGGCUUGCUCCACUGCCUGAGCGAGAGAUCUUAAGGAGACUGCGGAGGUGCCCUAGACUGGGGUUUGAGUGCUUCUUUUCCACUACUCAGGCGCAACAUGCUAGGUUUGACGCCGCCGACAGGAAUACCCAGCACAGGGAGGUGAAGAAAGCAGGGGCAGAGUCAGAUUUGGAUGACCGCAAGCAUGGAGGACAGAUGGCCUGGUUGACUAGUAUGCUGGAGCCAGCAAUGAAGCUCUAUAGACGAGCAUUGCCCGCAGAUAAAGGCGACGAACCCACAAGUACAGCCUCGUUGGUGGAUAUUGCGUCCAGUAUUUUGAGAAGCACUUCUGGCAUGCAGAUUCAGAAAUGGAGCAUUGCAGAUCUCACGCUUGGUCUUUACUUCUUGUCCGUCCGCCACGCUUCUCAAAUGGCCAGUGAUACAUUUAGUGGUGACUUAGUGUCAUCAGAUACAUUUGUUGGAGAUUUAAUCUAUUAUGUUGAGCUGGCACGAGGUUCCUAUCAAAAAGAUGCGGCUGGACUGGCUCGUGUAAGCAUGAUCCAGGAGUCCAAGGUGGUCAAAUUUGAGGACACGUCCAAUGUUAUGCGUCCUGGAUACUACAUUGCAGUAGACCAUCGACAUAAACUUGUGAUAUUGUGCAUCCGCGGAACUCACACAGUGCACGACAUAAUUACGGAUCUAGCUUCAAAUAGCGGCGGCGCCUCUAAUCUGGAUGGGGAGAAUGUGCAUUAUGGUAGUGUUGAGGCUGCACGUUGGUUUAUGGAGCACGAAUUGAGUACUCUAAAGAGUUGCCUGCACGAACAUGAGGGCUACGAACUACGACUUGUGGGGCAUUCUUUGGGAGGUUCAACAGCAGCGUUAUUAGCUCUGAUGCUGAGGAGACUAGGAGAUGAACAACUUGGGUUUUCCUCUCAGUUAAUUAAGGCUGUCACUAUCGCUUCUCCUCCUUGUGUGUCUGAAAAGUUAGCAUCAGAAUGUGCAGACUAUAUCACUACAUUGGUUUUACAGGAUGACGUUAUCCCUCGAAUGAGCACAGCAGCAUUGACUCGACUUCGUAAUGAAAUAUUGGUCACAAACUGGACUCUGUUGAAGGAUAGUGAAGAACAUAAGGGUAUUGCCGAAUUUGUUGAGAGCACGAUCAAGAAGCUGUCUUCUGUACAAGAUGUGGCUCGCCGAUAUGCAUCCUUUGUCAGUCUCGGCUCUUCAAGUGAUUCAGAAAUCGAAAAAUUGGAGAAGAACGUUGAAGAAGUGGCUACGAAGUUACUUGAGAAGAAGGACAAACUGGACGAUUUAUCCCUUUCAAAAAGAGAGCCGAGAUCAAGUGAACUUAGUCGAGAGAGUAAAAUUAAAGAUGAACAUCCAGAGCUUUGGGUACCAGGCUUGCUUCUGCUCAUUUAUGGGGGCCGGACUCCCACUGAUGUAGAUCAAAAGGAGUUUGCAGGGAGAGAGGGCCAUGUUCUGCUGAAAGGGCAAGACGGUACACAAUUUGGCCGCAUUGUGCUGUCCAGUACAAUGUUAUCGGAUCAUAAAUGCAUAAGUAUUUAUUACGCUCUUCGAGAUGUUCUCAAGGGUCUUCCAAAAACCGGAGGUUCUAAUAAACUGUCAAUCUGAUUAGUUGAGCUAUUUCUUUUUGUUCCUGAAACUUUUCGGGAGCAUCACAACAGUAUUGUGGAAAUGUGGGCCCCAGAACUACAGUUUUAAACAUUCGUCUGUGUAGAUGUUUUCAUCGAGUGGGUUAGUGGUUGGUUUUUACACUUUAAGCACUGCAAUCGAAAAUUUCUAACAGUGCGAUGUUUCAAAAUUGAUUUGAUUUUGUGUCUUGAUUACUCAAGACAUGAAGUUUGUGUUACCAUUCA